AUGUGGCUGCUUGAAGUAGGUAUAGACAAACGCUACAUCUGUAUUCUUACAUACUCCAAAGGUGAACCUCAUGAAAGAAGGUUCAUCCCCAAUUAUAAGUGUGAUGCCAAGGACUGGGCAGUAUCUGUUAUUGCAGGACCUACCUCUCACAUCUGUUCCUUCAUGGCAAACGUUCUGAAUGUCUACAAGAUGCCCCAGUAUUACCAGCCAGGGGAUUUCAUCAUUGCUGGCAUUUUGUCUCAGAUCUACAUUUUUUCGAGUCCAAUCAGCUUUCAGAAGCAGCCUUCUGAGGAGAGUUUUGAUGACCUUGUGAUGUUCACUCAGAAUUACCAGCACAUCCUGGCCUUGGCAUUUGCUGUGAAGGAAAUCAGUGAGAAUAACCAACUCUUACCCAAUGUCACUUUGGGCUUCCACAUUUUAAAUAGCCAGUUUUUUGCAAGAUGGACCUAUCUUGCCUCUUUGGAACUUCUAUCCACAAAGGACAAAUUCAUCCCUAACUACAAAUGUGACACUCAGAAUAACGUUUUGGGAGUCAUUGGGGGAGCUAAUUCCGAAGUCUCUCUCCACAUGACAAACAUCCUGAGCACCUACAAAGUUCCACAGGUCCGGCCACUUUCUCUGUGUAACAACUAUUGCCAUUUGGGUUAUGCCAAGACCAAAGUAGAAGGGAAGCCAUUUUGCUGUUAUGAUUGUCUUCGCUGUCCAGAAGGGAAGAUUUCCAAUCUGAUAGAUAUGGAUGAAUGUUUUCCAUGUACAGAAGAUCAGUAUCCAAACAAGGGUCAGAAUUCAUGCCUUCCAAAAGCUGUAACAUUCCUGACACAUGAGGAAACAUUGGGGACCUUCUUGGCUAUUUCUUCUCUCUUCUCCUCAUUUAUCCUAUUGUUGGUUCUGGGCAUCUUCAUUAAGUACCAGGACACUCCCAUUGUCAAGGCCAACAACCAAAACCUCACCUACAUCCUUCUCAUUUCCCUCCUGCUUUCAUUCCUUUGUGCUUUACUAUUUAUUGGCAAACCCAAUAAAAUGUCAUGUCUCCUCCGACAAAGUGCUUUUGGCAUAAUAUUUACUGUAGCUGUAUCAUGCGUGUUAGCAAAAACCAUCAUUGUGAUUUUAGCUUUCAUGGCCACCAAACCAAAGUCUGUGGUGAGGAAAUGGAUGGGGAAGAGAUUGGCUAUUUCCAUCAUCCUUUUCUGCUCCUUCAUUCAAAUCAUUCUUUGUACCGUCUGGCUGUUGACCUUUCCUCCAUUCCCUGACUUCAACAUGCACCUAAUGGCAGAACAAAUUGUUCUGGAAUGUAAUGAAGGCUCGUUUGUCAUGUUCUACUGUGUCCUGGGCUUUAUGGGUUUCCUAGCCCUUGUAAGCUUCACAGUAGCUUUCUUUGCCCGGAACCUACCGGACACUUUCAAUGAAGCCAAAUUUAUCACCUUCAGCAUGUUGAUUUUUUGCUGUGUUUGGCUCUCCUUUGUUCCUAGCUAUCUGACCACUGGGGGCAAAUAUAUGGUGGCUGUGGAGAUCUUCUCGAUCAUAACGUCCAGUGGGGGGCUCCUUGUAUGCAUCUUUUUCCCUAAAUGCUAUAUCAUUAUACUGAGGCCUGGACUGAAUAGCAAGCAGCAACUAAGACAAAGAAAAAAAAUGAAUGAUCUAUAA